UAUAUAUCCAUGUAUAUGGAGAUUAUAUCACAUCUUUGUGCUUUUAAAUUUACAGGUAAGCCACCUCAUGUGACUAUUGAAGAGACACUCUCAAAAAAAUUAAGAAACGAUGUAGUUCGGCCUUUCACAUUUAUGUGUUGUGGAGUAAUUGUGAAAACAGAAGGUGCCAUUUUCUGGCAUUCAGAUGAGAUUACGCCUGAUGCUAUUACUUGUGGUGGUGAUAUUGAGAAUCGGGCAGAAUUCAAAUUAGGAAAUGGAGAGGAAGUGGAACUGGAUCAGUUUGAAGACAUUAUUGUAAAAUGUGAGGAUGACACAUGUAGAGCAGAUGUUGAUAGUGAUGAAGCUAAUGGGAUCAAGGUUUUGGCAGAAGAAGAUCCACUUUCUUUGGGUGAAACAUAUGAUUUGCCUACAAACAAUUCAGAAAACAUAAUUUAUACCAAAGACAGUUUCAAAAGCCAGGCAGAGUCAUCACAGAACUUGAGUAAUAAGGAGUUAAGAAAGAAUUUACUUGGUAUUCUGAGUCAGCAGGAUACCUUAGUUCAGAUUGAUACUCUUGAACAAAGUAGCAAGGUCAGUGGAUCUUCAAAACACACAAAAUACCCAGAUACAUUUACGUGCGAGUUUUGUGGUAAAGUGUUCACAGGAAAAGAAAGAGCAUAUCAGUUUUAUUAUCAUAGAAACAAAGAGCAUACACAUGAGAUGCUUUACAAAUGUGAUAUUUGUUCUAAGGGGUUUUGGGGUGACAGGGAGUUGCUGGCUCACAUGGCAGGGCAUAGAGAUCCAGGUCACAUCUGCCACAUUUGUGGGCAAAAGUUCAAUGCAAAACGGAAUUUGAAGGCCCAUUUGCUAAUUCACCAGCCUCUGCGAGAACACACGUGCCGAUUUUGUGACAAGUCCUUUAGAAGGAAAGAUCACUUGCAAGUCCAUGAAAGAAUUCACACAGGGGUAAGACCCUAUCAGUGCAAGUGGUGUGAGUCAGGCUAUCCACAAAAACGUCAGCUGGUUCUGCAUCAGCGAAAGUGUCCUAUUCAGAGAAGGCAAAAUUUGAGAUAUGUAAAUUCUGUAACAUAAAGAAAAAAAUAUUGUAAACACUGGAAAGAGAGAGAGUGAGAGUAUGUGUGUGUGUGUGUGUGUGUGUGUGUGUGUGUGUGUGUGUGUGUGUGUGUGUGUGUGUGUGUGUGUGU